AUGGAUACGGAGAGUCCGCCAAGAUCAGGCGCCGGUCACGGGUGGCUCGGCGCGCAGCAGGCGUUGAGCGGGGGCGGCGAGCGAGUGGUGUCGCUGCUGGUGGGCCCUGAGAGGACGCAGUUCCUCUGCAACGCGUCGCUGCUCUCGCGCCACUCGCCCUUCCUCGCCUCGCUGCUCAGCGACCGCUGGUCCGCCGCUGCCCCCCGCAUCCGCGCGGAUCACGCGGGGGGAGCUGCGCGAGAGGGUGUGGCGCGAGAGGAGCGCGAGGAAGCGCGAGGCGGUGCGUCAGCAGAUAGCAGCUGGGAGCUGGCCUCCGUGGAUGCGAGAGACUUCGCGCACGUGAUGCUUCUUCUGGCCUACAAACAACUGCAGAGUCAAGCAGAUCUGGGAAAUGAGGAGCUGGAUUCGCUUCGAGGCACGCUGGACUUCCUCAAGGUCGACAUGCACACGCCUGCACACGCUGCCGGAGAUUUUUCCGGUAAGGGAGGAGUGCCUCCCAGCAGCGCCAAUGCAGCCGUCGGCAACGCCCCCCUGACCUCUUUCUCAUGUCCACCUCUGGUGCGGCAGCUGCAGCCAUUGCCGGUGGUUCGCGUACCUCCAGGGUGUGAUGACCCGCUGCUGUUUGAGCAGCCUGACGAGUUCUCUAAGUUCCGCCUGAACCUCCGCCACCACGCUAUCCUCUGCACCAUCUGCUGGGCCAGCGGCCAGGGGCUCAGGAGCGGCAACAUCUGCAGCCACGGUCACCUCUGGUACUGCUUCUAG